CCCGCCCAAACCCCACCGGUGCUUCUCCUUCUUAUCUCUCUGGAUUCAAAUUCGUUGAUUUGAUUUCGAAUUUUAGAUGAAGACUACUACAUCGACUGGAUCGAGAAGCUUUGCUUUCUUUUUUUUUCUUUUUCUUGCUUAAAGUGUUUGUUUCUUUUAUCUGAUCUCUUUCGUUCGAGCAGGAGACUCCAUGGCUGUUGCUAUCGAAGGCUUCUCGAUCAGAGGGUACGCUUCGAAGAUGAGGAGUGUCAAUGUGGAGAAGUCUUGGCCGUUCCAUGUAGACGAUAAGGAGACGAUGAAGAAAGAAGAGCUCGCAGCGAAGCUUCCGCUGAUGAAAUGCCCGAAGUAUCGGUGGUGGAAGGAUGAGAUGGAGGCGAUGAGAUCUAAAUCAUUUAAUUCUUCUGCUAAUAAGUCUGAUGUUGAUGAUAGAGACGGUAAGAAGAUUCUAGAAGCAACUGAUGAGAAAGAGAAGUCGAUCUCUGGCGAGAGAAACGGAGGUGUGUCGGAAAAGCUUCUGGUUUUGGUGACGGGAGAUGAGGAGAAGUUGGUGAUGAGUUGUCCGGUUUGUCGGAGUUUUACGGCGACGACUGUUAAUGCGGUGAACGCACAUAUAGAUGAUUGUCUGGCUGAGACAACGUCGAAGGUGGAUCAGCGGAGACUACAGAUGAGGAAGUCUACAGAAACACAAGCAGUGACGACCAAGGUGAAGUCCAAGACGAGGAAGAGGAGAUCUAUUAUGGAGAUCUUCGCUGCUUCUCCGCAGAUCGAAACUGUGAAGAUCGAUUGUGAAAAUCGACAGGUUGUGGUUACUGAAGAGGAAGUUAAUUUGAAAGUCUUGAAGAAAGCAUCAUCUGAUGUAGUUGGAAAGAAGAAGAUGAGAGAAAAGAACAAGAAUUGUUCGAGAGAGGAUGCGGCGAUGAUGACGUUGAAGCUGAAGAACAUGAAGAAGAAGAAGAAGAAAAAGAAGAUGAAAAAGAUUGACGGCGGAUUUUUCGCUCCAUCAUCAAGGACCAUAGCAAGAGCUCCUCCUUCGGAAGUGAUGAAGAAGGAGAAGAUUCAUAAAUUCAAAGUUUUGUCUCCAGUUGAUUUUUGUGGACAAGAAAAGGUUUCUUUACAUGAUAAGUGGUCUAAAAAGGAAAAACCAUCAAGGAUGAAAAGUUUACCUACACAAAAAAAGGACAAAGUCAUGCAAACUUCCAAGUUACCUGUAAGGCAACCGCAGCAGGACCCAUUUCCUGGUCAUAGCAUUCUGAAGAGUUGUGCAGAUGUCACUUCCAUCCCGAAUAACUCUGCCAUAAGCAGUUUUCAAGGAGGUGAUAAGACAAAUUCUUGCCAUGUUGAACAAUCAGACAAGCAUGUCAGGUUUUCCAGUCAUGACGAGAUACAUGGACCAACAAAGAUACAGUAUUCUUCUGCUGAUUGGCCUCAGUUGCAUAGCCUUUCCAAGGAAUUUUCAGAUGUCAUGGCUGCUCUACCAAUGAGGAACUCUAUGGAAACUGAUAGAGAUUUGCAUGCUGCUGGAGUGGCUUUAGAUGUGGAUAGAGGUAGUGGUGAUGUUUCUACUGAAACUUCCAGCCGAUCAACGCAUGAAAAUAUAUGCUUGGAUGAUGGUCAUAGUCAUUUUUCUAUGAUGGCAAUUCCAAGUCCACAUAAUAAGAGCAGCCAAGAUAGAGAAGAAACCUGCACAGACAGAUUUGUAGACUUAAACCAGGUUUCAAAUGAUUAUUUGUUCAUGUAUCAUCAAGAAAACUCAAAUGAAUCUCAGACUCUUUCUUUUGCCAGCAUUCCAAAACUUGAAUCUACUUUGACAGAGAGUUUUAAACCCAAUUCCGAAUCUCAAGCAGAUGAGAGUGUUCAAAGUGAACCCCACACUGGCAGAAAUGUGGCUGAACUUACUGCAACGACCUCACUGGAAAAUGCAAAUGCAUCUUUACAGCCUUCAACAUCUUGUUCAGAAAUGAAUGCAGAAACAAAUGGGAGGUGUCAAUUUCUAUCGCAAGUUUCCAAAGAGACCUGUAGUGGUUGUGAUUUGCUCUACCAGUCAUUGCAUCAUAUAUCUUCUAAAGAACUAAUGUCAAGCAUAUGUUCCUCAGUUGAGUGGAAGAAGCAAAGAGAAUCUGUAUUCAGUGACAGAUGUGUUAUGGAUAAUUCUAUUGGACUGCCUCUUAAUUCACAAGGUGAAUUUAUCCAGUGGCAUUCAAGUGCCAAAGGGGGUUUUAACCUGGUAAAGCCAAGUGCAACAGUGGGUUCUGCCAGCGACUUCCAACUGCUUAAUUUUGUGCGGCCAAAUAGUCCUGCCAGUUACCUGGGUAUGAAAGAUAGGAACUAUGCUGAGGCAGCACUUCGAAAUGACAAAUUUAAAGUUCUUCCCAGGCAGAAUCACCAACAAAAGAGCUCUCAGUCAUCUUUAUCAUCUAAGUUAGGUACCAGUGAAAUACAAAAUACUGGACAAGCAGAAGUCCACUGGCAAGAUUUGGUGAAGAGAAACAGUCACUCCGUCAGUCAGUUGGUUUCAGACAGACAGGUCACAGACUUCUCUUUCCAAAGGUGUGGACAGUAUGACCAAACUCACAACCGAACUGAAAAGGAAAAGAUUCAACCUGAGAAGAAUUCAGAGUGCAUGUUUCCAAAUGCCACUCGACCAACAAUGCGGUUGAUGGGUAAAGAUGUUACAGUUGGCAUAAAUAACAAAGAUGUCCAAGGUUUUGAGAAUGGCAGGACAUCUGCUGGCACCAUGACAGAGAAUCGACUUACCUCCACUGUCUCUGACAACCCUUCAUUGAAGAGGCAAUUUCAGCAGGAAAGGAUUGUGCUUCCCUACUCAGGAAAAACAAAAGAAACCAUUACUCCUUCAUUGGAAACUCAAAGCAGUCCAUCCUUGGGAAGUACUUUUCCAAUGAAAGCUGCAGAUCCUGCAUUUGCUCACCCAUACCUCAACUGGCAGAUGUAUGUAAGACAGCAAAACAGUCUCCCCUUGAUCAGGGAAAAUGCCAGUGCCAAGCUACAUUCUUUUCUGCAUCCUCUACCUUCCCAUACAUUGCUAAAUAAGAACUCCAAUUUUCAGCAACCCACCAACUCUGGAACUGAAUCUCUUAAAAUGAGCUCUCAGGUACCAGUUGCAGAAGCUGCAUCUUUCAAUGCUUCUCAGCAUCUUUUGAAUUCUGCCCAAGUCAAUUGUAACCAGAGACUACCUCAUGGAAUAAAAUCUGCUUUCCAUUUUCCUCUAGUAAAUCAGGAAUGUCGAGCAAAUGUUCAAUCUUCAUGGCCUGAUAGCUCUUCUCAGAAGCUGCCACAAUGGCUUCUGAAUGCAAAACAGCACAAAGAAGCAAACCUCACUUCUUCUCACUCAUAUUCUGGUGCAAGUUCUGAUCACCCACACACCAUUUCUGGAACUAAUUUCUCAGCCACUCCUAUGUAUUAUAACACAUCAAUGGUAGCUUAUCCCCACCAUGCCAGCACCUUUCACCCUCAGAAGCAGAGUCCAACUGGUCCUGACCCCUUUUUCCACCCUGAACUCAUCCCAGCUCUUCGAGGAUGCAAACCUACUUCUGUCAUCAAUGCAAGCCAUAGAAAUAAGAUGAAAGACAAGGAUGGGGAACAGUCUAAACACUUCCAUCUUAUGGUUUCCGACAGUGUCAAGAUAGCCAAAAAGAGGCCUGCAGAUGAAACUGGUAAUUCAGCAAAUGCAAUGAAGAAACCUUACUUAAAAAUGCAAGGGAACCCAAGUGCUGUGAGGGAAUUGAAUAAAAGAAUAAAUAUAGGUGGUUUUGCACAAUGUAUUGGAGCAGCUGAUUUUGAUGCAUUCAGGGAUAAAACUAUGGAUUUUGGACAUUCACUGUCGGAGAUCCAAAAGAGUGGAUUUAGAGGCUCAUCUGAUAUCAGUGGUUAUGCAAAAUGUAACACAGGAGAAACGGACUUUGAUGCAUUCAGCGAUAAAGCUAGGGGUCUAGGACAUUCACUGCCAGAGAUCCAAAAGGCUGGAUUCAGAGAUUCAUCAUGUCUUAAACCUUUUAAACAGGAUGGUAUGGUCAGAGCAGGUCCCAUUAAACUAAGUGCAGGUGCAAAACACAUUCUAAAGCCAAGUCAAAACAUGGAUCGCGAUCAACCUAGGCCAACUCAUUCAACCGUACCUUUUGAAGCAGUUACUGAUUCUGAUAAGAUUUCAGAAUUUCAGAAGUCAGCGCAGAUAUAUAGAUUUUGAGAGAAGGUUUCCAGUCAAAGACAUAAAGUAAAGCAUUGCUAGCCAAUGAAAACUGACUUUCUCAAGUCCAGCUUUUUGAGCGAUGAGAUAGCUCCAAUCAUAUGAUAGAAAAUGACUAUCUAAGCUUCAUCAAAGAUGUAUCAAUGAAUUAUGCUUUAGAGUCAGUUGCCUUUGUCAGGUAAUCAGUUACUGGUCUAAGAAGUGUAAUAUUAUAGAAGCAAUAAUUUAUAUCUUAAGUAUAUUGAUAUUUUGUUGACAAUAUGAAGUUCUUUUAGUUUUUAUUCUGACCUGAAGUUAAUAUUGAUAGUCCAUUAGAUUGAGAGGAUUAUGAAA